GAACGCAACUAUUUCCUAUUUGGGCCCAAUGUCGCUUGGUCAAAACCCACCCUUAGCACAAAAUUCGACAGUCACUAAAUACCAGAAUUCAGACGAGGAACAUGUGUCUUUCUCUUCCCCACCUUUCCAUCUCUCUUCUUCUCACUCUCCUCUACAACAUAUCCCUUUACUCAACAUGGAUGCAGCUACUGUCGCCAAGGUUGCAGCCGCCGGCAUCCUCGGCAGUAUGUAUAUCGACUCCAAGCUCCUCAUAAGCCGUGACUGGACUCAAAUCAGAGCAGCUAUUCUUAUGCAAUCAUACCAUUUCAUGAGAAAAUUCAAGGGAAAGCUUAAUUACUUUUACCGUUUCAAGGAAAAGCUCGAAGCUCACCCCGACAAGAUCUUUGUCAUCUUUGAAAAUGAAUCAUGGACUUAUAAAGAUAUGGACAGAGCCUCAAGCAGAAUUGCCAGAUGGUUCCAGUCUAAAGGCAUCAAAAAGGGUGAUGUAGUUUGCAUGAUGCAUCAGAACCAUCCUUCUCUCUUCGUUGCACAGUUCGGACUCAUGAAAAUCGGUGCCAUCCCCGCCCUAAUCAACAAUCAGUUGACUGACGCGGCAUUGAUUCACUGUGUUAAGGUCGCCAAGUCUAAUUUCUUUUUGUUCGACCCCGUUUAUGCUGGAGCUGUACAACCUUGCGUUAAGGAACUUUCGGAUCUCGGUAUUGAAAUUUGGGGCUACGGUGAACAUGAACCUUCCAUGCCCUUUGCAGAAACAGUUACCAAAGAUACCUUGGCAAGAUUUUCAGAUGCAGAGAUCAGUGAAGAGUACAUUGAAAACGCCCAAUAUGGUGAACCUGCUAUGCUUAUCUACACAAGCGGCACCACCGGUUUACCUAAGCCCGCUAUUGUCGAGCACACUCGCAUGAACUUUGGUGGUAUGAGCUACAUGAAUAUUCAUGGUGUUCACGGCACUGACAGAGUCUACUGCUGUCUUCCUUUGUAUCACAGCUCCGGCCAAAUUGUAGCUACCGCAGUAGCUAUACAGAGUGGUGCUACUCUUGUUCUUGGCCGCAAAUUCAGUGUCACCAAGUUCUGGGAAGAAUGCAUUCGAUAUGAUGUCACUGUCAUGGUUUACAUUGGAGAGAUUUGCCGAUAUUUGCUAUCUCAGCCUUUCAAUUCAGCCGAGAAUAAGCAUCGCGUUCGUAUGGCUUACGGUAACGGAAUGCGUCCAGACGUUUGGAACCGCUUCAGAGAUCGCUUCGGUGUUGGCAAAAUUAGUGAAUUUUAUGGCGCUACCGAAGGUCCAAGCAGCUUGUUUAAUCCAAAUACCAACGAAUUUGGAAGUGGUGCCGUCGGUUUCCGUGGCUACCUUACCAGAACUUUGACCGGUGAACUCAAAAUUAUCAAAAUCGACCCUAUUUCAGAAGAACCUGUGCGCGACAAGCAUGGGUAUUGCAUCGAAUGCGCAUACGAUGAACCAGGUGAACUUCUUGUACUUAUCAAAAUGGGAGGCCCUCUCGAAUUCAAAGGCUAUUACAAGAAUGAACAGGCUACAAACAAGAAGAUCUUGACGCAUGUCUUUGCGAAAGGCGAUGCUUACUUCCGAACUGGUGACUUGCUGAAACUUACCAAGGACGGAUUUUUCAUUUUCGGUGAUCGUGUGGGUGACACUUUCCGUUGGAAAGGUGAAAAUGUUUCCACAGCCGAAGUCGCACAAGUGCUCGGUGUCUACCCAGGAGUUGCCGAGGCUAACGUCUACGGUACUGAGGUUCCUAAUCAUGACGGCCGUGCUGGUAUGGCUGCUAUUGUCAUGCAAGAUGGUGCCUCUAUAGACUUCAAGGAUUUCUUUCGUUUCGUUCAACAGCGUCUCCCCAAAUACGCUAUACCCCUUUUCCUUCGAUUUGUUCCAGCUAUGGAAAUGACUGGAACGUUCAAGCAGCGUAAGGUUGAAUAUCGCAAUCAAGGCAUUGACCUUGCUAAAGUUACCCCUGGUGAACCAGUCUACUGGCUUGUCGGCGAUACCUAUAUUCCCUUUGAAAAGGAAGCAAGUGAUCAGAUCACGACAGGAAAAGCUAAAUUAUAAACCGUUAGACACACAAACUGUCAUUAACUGACAUGAGUGUCAUUAUGCCCUUAAGUGCCUGAUAAUAAACCAAC